UAAGUAAUGUGAAGUGUGAACAAAUCCACCGAUGAAUUCGUGCCAACAAGGCAACAAACAAUAAUCAAAGUAUCAAACUCGCCGGAGAACACAAUGGUGUCUCUGCGUUUCCCAUUCUCGUUUUCUCAGCCCGCCACAACGCGCGUCUCCGGCGCAUUUUCACCUGCAAAUAUCGCUUGCUCCGUCGCCGUCUCUGCCGCUAUCGGCGCUGGCAUUUCUGCUGGCAUUUGCUUAUCACAAAACUCUACCAGUCCAUCUCUUCAUAACGCAUUGAACUCAUUGCUUUCCAAUUUCUCACGCUCUUCUCCCCUAUGGGGCUCACUAUCUCUCUCCGACGGUUCCGGCGAUGUGGUCACCGAAUCAAAGACUGGAUUUUCGUUUCCGGCAGUUUUGAAGGAUUCUCAGGGGCUUCUAGGGAUUGGAUUGAGAAGAAAGGCCGUAUUUGGGCUGAAGAACAUCGAUGUUUACGCCUUCGGUGUAUAUGCGGAUGAUAGUGAUAUCAAGAAUUUUCUAAGUGAGAAAUACGGAACACUUUCAACCACUGAAGUAAAGCAGAAAAACAUCACUCAAGAAUUGAUGGAAAGCGAUGUUAGUGUCACAGUUAGACUGCAAAUAGUUUAUGGAAAACUCAGCAUUCGGUCUGUUCGUAUUGCAUUUGAGGAUUCUGUGGGAGACAGAUUGAAAAAAUUUGGAGGAUCUGAUAACAAGGAGUUACUUCAAAAGUUCACUUCUCAGUUUAAAGAUGAAUACAAAAUCCCACGUGGAUCUAUCAUAGACCUUUCAAAAGAAAAGGGCUACGUGCUCCGGACCACUAUUGAUGGCAAGGAAGUAGGAAGCGUCCAAAGCCAACUCUUAUGCCGAUCAAUUUUGGAUCUUUAUAUUGGCGAUGAACCUUUUGAUUCAAAAGCAAAACAAGAUAUUGAUCUCAAGUUGGCAUCCGCCGUUACAAAGUAA